AGCCGACCCGGAAGUUUAUAUUAUAAAUACACUGGGAUUUCUCUGUUAAAGAUGACAAUAAUAUCGAUAUCAUUUUGUGAAAUGAUAAUUAUCUUCGUUUCCGAAUCGUACGGAAAAGCAAGACCGUAGUUUGUGUUCAAAACCAUCCUACUAAAUUGUCCGGUUUAGUGCAUUUGAUGGAACGAUAAAUGUUCUGAGGCAAAUUGACGAAGGGAAAUACCUUUGUAUGUAACCAAGUAUAAUUUGAAGGAAAAAGUGACACCUAAAAUAAAAAGAAGAUAUUACAAUCGGCAGUAAAUGAUAAAGAUGUUUGGUGUCUUAUUGUCUGUUGUGCUUGUCUGCAUAAUAACAGGACAUGUAUCGUGUAGGAACCUUACAGCCUCACCGAAUUAUGUACACAGUGGCACACAACUGACAUUAACAUGUGAUGUAGGUGAAUCAAUUGUUAAUGGAACAGCAACCUUCCGCAGUAGCUCUGGAAGUUUAGGCAGCAUUACGUAUGAUGAUAUGAACAAUUGUUAUGUGAAUUCUUCAUCUACGCCCUGUUCAUCAACGUGUUCAUGUGAGGAAAAUAACAAUCGAAUGAUAUGGAAAUACACACAAUCGUCCACACCUUCUUCUGACCAGACCUUUUUUUGUGAUUUUAUUGGUGAUAGUGAUCUAUUCACUACAAGUACAACAGUGAAACGGGCUGUAUUACAAUUACCAACGAUAUCACCAUCAACAUCAUCUUACACUGUGACAAUAGGGAGACAGCUGUCACCAAUACAAUGUACAGAGACGUGUUGGCCAUCUUGCAAUGUUCAAUGGAUUGGACCAAACAUUUUCCCGGGUCAUGGUGACAAUUUAACACUGUCUAAUAUUCAAAAGAUACAUUCUGGACAGUAUCGAUGUCGAGUGACAAAUUUGUUAGGGAAACAAACCAGUCAAAUUAUCACAGUUACAGUGCAGUAUGGUCCGGAUACUAUGGCACUUGAUCCAGCUUAUUCAGUUAUUGAAAGAAGAGAAGGCAGUUCUAUUGGACCUAUAAACUGUUCGGCUGAUUGUGAGCCAGUGUGUAACUUUGGGUGGAUAUACCCUGAUGGCCAAGCAGAAGAUGGUAAUGUUUUGCCGAGACACAAUUUACAAAAGACAAACACUGGUCAGUACAAGUGUAAGGCUUCUAAUAAGAUUGGAACUGAUCAGAAAAUAGUCACAGUUACUGUUACCUGUAAGUAUUCUAUGUAA